CUCUCAACGAAACAAACUUUCUGGAAGCUGCUGACUUUACUGAACGGGAUGCGGCAAGGAGCAUGAUACCAGGCUCAAGGACUCUUGAAACCCGCGGGACACUUGUACAGCGGGCUUAGAGGCUUCGCGAGUUGGAAGACUUUACGUGAAGGGACCACACAAGUCACAACGCGCGCAUGGAACAUACAAACGGAGGGGCAAAUGGUUUUCGGCAGGGCACGCCGCCCCGAAACGCCGGCAACCACCGCCCCGGCCAGCACCCGGCUGUGCAGAGCCAUCCGGUGGAGGGAGUGGGGGAGUGCACCGGGCACUGCUGCAAGCCGCAGCAGCAGCGGCUGACGGCGGGGCCAAGUCUACCGGAAUCCAUCCUGCCCUACGCCUAUCCUGGCGUGCAGCCGUCCACCUACAAUCUGCACAGCCUGCCUCCCCACAUCCUGGCGCAGCUUCACCCCGGCCCCUGGUUCAACCCCAACGGCUCGCCCAACGGCCAGGCGCACGGCGGCGCGGCGGCUGCCCCGGCGGCGUUCAGCGUGAACCUGGCGCCGGACGCGCCCGAAGACGCGGCGCUGGUCGCGCAGAACCUGGUGGACAUGCAGCAGCUGUGGGACGACUGGCACGCCCUCUCGCCCCGCGACCUCAAGGGGGACCAGGCCCUGAGCGAUCUGAAGCGGCUGAGUAACCGCACAGUCAGCGCGGCGGGCGUUGCCUCCCAGGGAAGCCUCAACCGCCAGCAAAUGGUGGAGCUGCUCCAAUUCGCCACCGGCGUGCUGGAGGGUGCGAGCUGCCACAGCGAUGCGGGGUAUCUGGCGGUGCUGGCAGACAAGAUGGCGGCCACUCCGGCGCGCAGCGGCGGCGGCGGCGCUCUGUUCCAGAACAUCCAAAACGGCGGCCGCCAGUCGCUCAGCGGCGGCGCGCAGACUCUCACCUCAAGACCUUCGAUGCACGCCGCUCUGGCCGCCCGGAAUGAGGCGGAUGCGCGUGCCAAGUCGGACGCAAAUGCGCUGUCACGUGCAAAAGCGUGGGUGGAGAGCCGCGGCUGCGGCUGGCUGGGAUUAGUCGCCGCCGGAGCCGUCGCCUUUCUUGGCUCCGGACUUCUCAAGCGCGCAGCCGGAGCGGCCGUUGGCGGCGCCGUGCUCGGCAACGGUGGCGGCAACGGCAGCGGCUACAGAGGGAACAGCGAGGAGAACCGUCGGCAGCGGCGGCUGAAUGACAUGAGCGAACGGCGCCGAGUUCAGUGCGAAGCCGCCAACCAGCUGGCUCGGGAGUACCUGAAGGAGCUGAGGGAGAAUCGCGCGAAUCCGCUGUGGCACAAGGACCCCCCGCCCAACACCUGCCCCAUGCCCCCAGACAACCUCCCCUGGAGGCCCACAGACGACCUCUGGUAG